AAUGGAUUCCAUGCAUUGUUACAUUAAGUAAGGUGGUAUAACUUGAAAUCUACUCCAUAUUAAGCAUCUCAUUACAUACAAAAAGGAUCAACUCUCACACAUCGUUUGCACCGUACUUUUCUUGGAGCCAAUGCAGGAUUGAACAUACAUCACGAUGGAAACACACACAUUUUUUAAUCCCCAAACCAUGCAAAUUCCCGCCCAUCUGACGCUGACAUCCAAAGUGCAGCCUUGCAAGCCUCGCCGUCUCUGUUGGAACUGAUGAUUCAUCUGCGACUAUUUAAAGAUGAGAUCCAAAAUAUUCAAGUCCAUUCGCGCGUGCAUGCAAUGGUGUCCGAAAGGAGGUCGAUCUUGUGUUUGCUCGUGCUUGUUCUUCUCCAUGGCGUUUCUCUGGCUGCUUCGCCGCGCUACCUCUCCGUCAGUCUCGACAGGCUGAUCAACUCCAAGGCUCACGUCGACUGCCCUCCCUUGGCGUAUCCCAUCACAAGUUCCGGCAACAAGCUCCCUAUCCGGAAGCAUCCCUGCGUCUGCCCGCCAUAUUGCGGCGGGACAAAGAAGACGAGGCGCGACGUCCAUGGCCACGACAGAGCCCGGCUGACCACCCUACUCCAGAGGUCGAGCGUCCCCGUGCCACCGCCCAUUCCAGCACCAGCAGAGGCACCAUCCGUCACCAUCCCGGACCGCUCAGGGGAUUUCCUCGACUCGCCGGAGUUCGUCGUCGUUGUCGGCUUUGGAACGCCGACUCAGCCAUCUUCCGUGAUGUUUGACACAGGCAGCGACAUGUCGUGGAUCCAGUGCCAGCCGUGCUCCGGCUACUGCCAUCCGCAGCGCGACCCCGUCUUUGACCCCGCCAGAUCCACCACCUACGCUGUCGUGCCUUGCGCCCAACCGAUAUGCUCACUCGCCGGCAGCAAGUGCAACGGCACCACCUGCCUAUACUCCGAAGACUAUGUCGACGGCUCGUCGGAGUGGAAAACAUCUGGCGUCCUCUCACAGGAGACGUUGACGCUCUCUUCCUCAAGCAAGCUCUCCGGCAUCCCGUUCGGAUGCGGCCAGCAAAACCUGGGUAAGUUCGGCUACGUCGACGGGCUGCUCGGCCUUGGCCGUGGCCAACUCUCACUGUCUUCACAUGCGAUGGCGGAUCAUUCAUUCGGCGGAACCUUCUCCUACUGUCUGCCGUCUGACAACAGCACGACUGGGUACCUCAGCAUUGGCUCGACGCCGAUCUCCGGCCAUGUCCAGUAUACGGCGAUGAUACAGAAGUCUAGUUACCCGUCAUUGUACUUCGUCGAGCUCGUCUCCAUCAACAUCGGUGGUUACAUCCUGCCGGUGCCACCCUCCAUAUUCACGAGCACCGGCACCAUCUUGGACUCCGGCACGAUCCUUACGCACCUACCUGGGCAGGCAUACACCGCGCUUCGCGACCGGUUCAAGUUCACGAUGCAGGGGAGCAAAACAGCGCCGCCGCAAGAGAACCUCGACACGUGCUAUGACUUCGCUGGCCAGAGUACAAUCUUCAUACCGGCGGUGUCACUCAUAUUCAGUGAUGGCGCGGUUUUCGACCUCAACUUCUACGGGAUCUUGACCUUCCCAGAGCCGACCAUCGGCUGCCUCGCGUUCAUGACGCGGCCAGCGUCGACGCCAUUCUCCAUCAUCGGCAAUACGCAGCAGCGGUCAACCGAGGUGAUAUACAACGUAGCUGCAGAGAAGAUCGGUUUUGUCCCCAACAGUUGUUGA